AGCUUUUGAUUUGUUUAACCGGUCGUAAAAAUAAUAGUUAUAAGAAUUUCAAUUAAAAUUAUUGUAAAAUAAAUUAAAAAAAUUAAUUAAAUAAAUAUUUUGCAAGAAAUAUUAGUGUAAUAUAUAUAGUGCAAUUUAUUACAAUUCCACCACACUGUAGGAACUUUUGUUUACAUGGCAUUCCAUUGGUGCGAAAAUGUACACACAACUGCUUUUACUCCCAGAGACUAUCAAGUUGAAUUGGUGGCAGCUGCAUAUGAAGAAAAUACCAUUAUAUGUUUGGGACAUAAGUCCUCAAAAGAAUUUAUAGCAUUAAAACUCUUGCAAGAAUUGUCUAGAGAAGCACGCGAAACGCUUAAAAUUAGUUUAUAUCUUACAUGUAAUAGUAACUCAAUAUCCAUAUCAACCAUGCUGGAUCAUCUUACGGAUUUAAAAGUCUUCCAACAAGUUAAUGAUAAAGAAAAUGUUAACAUAUUCUCCACUUAUUAUCAUGUUUAUAUGGUGCAUCCUAGUUUAUGCAUAGCUGCACUAAAAAGUAAAGUUUUAAAAUUGGAAAAUAUCAACCUUUUAAUAUUAGAAGAUUGUCACAUUGUUAAUGUGUAUACGGAGAUAUUACCGCUAUUUGCUAUUAUAAUGCAUAAUAGUUAUGGCGUAUCGUCACCGAAAAUAUUAGGUUUAGCUGGUCCAUUACACAGUGCAGGCUGUUCGCUACAGCAGUUGAGUGCAAUGUUAAAUACGCUGGAGAGAAAUACGUUGUGUAAAGCUGAAACUGCUAGUGAUAUUGUUACCGUACUUAGAUACUGUUCAAAACCAUACGAAUAUAUUGUGCAGUGUAAACCAUAUAAUAAAGAUGAACUGAGCUUUUUACUUGAGGACAUUAUUUCAACACGGAAAGUGUUUCUACAAGACCAUCGCUAUGAUCCUACCGAAAUAUAUAAUACUGAAGAAUUCCUUGAAGAGCUUAAAGAUAUACCUGAUCCGAAAAAGGAACCGCUUGAGUUUCUUGAUAUAAUAAUGACAGUAUUGCAUGAGAUGGGUCCUUGGGCUACUGAUCGCGUUGCUCUUAGUUUAUUUCAAACAAUUGAAAGGCGAAAAAUAAAGACACCACACGAACGUCACUUCUUGCUUUUGAGUAUGGUAAAUACAGCACUCAUAGAGAUUCAUGCCGUGUGUGAAACCACAUUUCGUAAAACUUCCAAACACAAAAAGCUUGUAGAACGUUAUUCCAGUCCGAAGGUCUUGCGUUUGCUGGAAGUGCUAAGAUUAUUCAAGCCCACAGACUUUGUUACAGACAAUGAAAAAAUAAAAAAAAUGAACACAGAAUUAGAUGAAAUGGAUUUUCAACGUAUAUCGCGUGCCGUAGAACAAAGUUGUCAAAAUGUAGAAAAUAUCACAAGACAUCAAUUGGAAUCACGUUCAAUAGUCGAUAAUUUGGAUUCAAUUAUUAAGAUAACUGACACAACUGAUGCGCUAAGUAAAACUCUAAGCAAGAGUUUAAAAAUAAAUACAAACAAAAAAGGAGAGAAGCACCAACACAAUUCGCAUCAUAGGCGACAUGGUGGAGCACACGGUCGUACGCGUAGAAGACCAUUCACACGUAGACAAAUGCGUGAUAGAGAUGAUGGUUCCGAUACAUUAUGUGCUAUAAUAUUUUGUAAUAUGAAUCAUACUGCUCGGGUACUAUUCGAUUUGCUGGCCGAAAUGAGCAGACAUGAUCCAGAUUUAAAAUUUCUAAGAUGCCAAUAUACUACCGAUCGUGUUGCGGAUCCUGUUACUGAACCCAAGGAGGCAGAAGCCGAGCAUCGGCUUCAAGAAGAAGUACUAAAAAAAUUUCGUAUACAUGAUUGUAAUGUAUUGAUUGGUACUUCAGUGCUGGAGGAAGGUAUUGAUGUGCCAAAGUGCAAUUUAGUUGUACGCUGGGAUCCUCCAACAACAUAUCGUAGCUAUGUACAGUGUAAGGGUAGAGCUAGAGCUACACCUGCGUAUCAUGUGAUAUUAGUUGCACCAGAAUUUGACAUUUCAACCUAUACGCCGCAUAAUAAAAAUGAGCAAUUGUGCAAUGAAAGUCAUUUCCUUACUUGUAAGUUAAGUGAUAAUGAAGGUGAAGAUUUGGAUAUAACCGAUAAUUCGGAUACUGAAAGUAAAAGUAAACCCAAUCAGUAUAUAUUUGAUGCACCGCGUGGUACUGUAAAAAUACUUAAUCCUGAAGUUUUAACAAAUAAACCUCCCACGACAAGCGAUAUUCACUUAAAAGAAAUAAAAGAUGAAAACUGUACUGUAGAGGAACUAACUAUUGAUCUUCAAGAAGAUAAAAAUUUAAAAUGUAUCACAAAUGGCUUGGAUUAUGAAAUCAAAAAUGAAAGCCCUAUAACAGCAGAAAACUCCAUGUCCAAUCCGAGUGAUGAAUACAAAAAGAGUUGUGAAGUUGUAGACACCAAUGAAAUACAUAAAGUGAAAAAGAAGAAACGUUUUCAAUGCAUACUCAUGGAGAAAGGGAUCAAGUUGAUUCCACUCACUGAAUUUCAAACUUAUGAAAAUGAAUCAUUAAAUAUGCAUGCAGCAACAAUAAGAAUCGUUGAUCAAUUAGCACAAUAUAGAGAAAUCGAAAAGAUGUUGCUGCAAAAAUGUGCUAAUUUUGAGCCACCUGAAGAGGAACAUAAUCUGGCGGAUCAGUAUGUUAACUGUAUUCUGCCUUACAAACCACAACCGGAUUUACUAACCGGUGCAUCUGUAGAUUUAUGCACUUCAAUAGCAUUAGUAAAUAAAUAUUGCUCAAAAUUGCCUAGUGAUACCUUUACGAAAUUAACAGCGCUCUGGCGUUCCACGGAAAUUGUACGCUGUGGUGUUAAAAUGUAUCAAUAUACACUACGUUUGCCCAUAAACUCACCACUUAAAUAUGAUAUUGUGGGUCUGCCCAUGCCAACAAAUAUCUUAGCUAGAAGACUGACAGCUUUACAAACUUGCAUCGAAUUACAUAGAUCUGGAGAAUUAGACAAUAAUCUAACACCUAUAGGCAAGGAAGGGUUUAGAGCUAUUGAACCAGAUUGGGAAAAUUUUGAAUUGGAAGCACAAGACGAAAAAAUUGUUAAAGAAAAUUCUGAACCAAGACCUGGUACGACAAAACGGCGACAGUAUUAUUAUAAACGCAUUGCUACUGAAUUUUGCAAUUGCCGCCCAACUGCUAAUGCACCCUGUUACCUCUACCUAUUAGAUCUCACACUGCAAUGUCCCAUACCUGAAGAACAAAAUACGCGAGGUCGUAAAAUUUAUCCACCUGAAGAAGCUUUACAAGGUUUCGGUAUAUUGACAUUAAAAAAAAUACCAAAAGUCAGUUCGUUUCCUAUAUUUACACGUUCCGGUGAGGUGAAAGUAUCUAUAGAACUAUUUUCUGAACCUAUAGUAUUAACGACAGAACAAGUGAAUUGCAUUAAUAUUUUUGUUAAUUAUACUUUUACCAACGUAUUGCGUCUACAAAAGUUCCUAAUGCUCUUUGAUCCCGAUUCAACGGAGAAUUGCUUAUUUAUAGUGCCAACGAUAAAAACGAAAACGGGAAAAGUUAUUGAUUGGGAUUUUUUGCAGUUAAUCGAGAAAAAUGCUGAUAUGAUGCCAACUGAAAUUCCCGAUGAAGAACGUAAGAUUAUGGAUUUCAAUGGAAAUAAAUUUAAAGAUGCCGUUGUAAUGCCUUGGUAUCGCAAUCAAGAUCAGCCACAGUACUUCUAUGUAGCCGAAAUUUGUCCACAACUUUCUCCGCUUAGCUGUUUUCCUGGUGAAAACUAUCGCACUUUUAAGCAUUAUUAUUUUCUUAAAUAUGGUUUAACUAUACAGAAUGUAACACAACCUCUGCUGGAUGUUGAUCAUACUAGUGCUCGUUUAAAUUUUCUUACUCCACGAUAUGUUAAUCGUAAAGGUGUUGCACUGCCUACGAGUUCAGAAGAGACUAAACGUGCCAAACGUGAGAAUUUAGAACAAAAGCAAAUAUUAGUGCCGGAACUGUGUACAGUACAUCCAUUUCCCGCUUCAUUGUGGCGUACAGCAGUAUGUCUACCCUGUAUAUUGUAUCGUAUUAAUGGUUUACUUUUGGCUGAUGAUAUACGUAGGAAAGUGUCAGCCGAUAUGGGUCUAGGACAACGCGAGGUAUGUAAUGAUGAAUUUGAAUGGCCAAUGUUAGAUUUUGGUUGGAGUUUAUCGGAGGUCUUGAAAAAAUCAAGAGAAAACCAAAAUGGUGUUGAAAAUAAUCCUAAAGAAAAUGAGAACAACGCCAAAAUAACUGAAAAAACAGUAGAUGAUAUGAAUACUGAUCAAUCUAUCAAAACGAAAUCGGAAAAAAGUGCUAACGAAAUAGUGAUUGAUGCCGAAAGAAAGUUUCAGGAAAGCAAUUUUAUUGAAAUUGGAACUUGGUCGAAUGAUAUGGCUGAAGAUAUUAACUUUUAUAGAAAUGAUGAUUAUAAUAAUGAAGAUGAUGAAGAAAUGAAGAUGAAAUGUAUACCCUCGAAUAUUAGUUUUUGUAACGAAGAACCGCGUUAUGGUUCUCCAACUUUUUGGGACUAUAAGGAUAAAGUUUCGGAAACAGAUAAUCCAAAAUGGAAAAGUAAUUUUAAAAAAAAUUCAUUUACAUAUUACGAAUCAGAUGAUUCAUUUGCUUCGAGUUGUGAUAUGAACGGGGCGAUCAACUAUAGCACCGAUGAAGAUGACGAUGCUAAUUCUGGUGCUUUACGUAUUGCUUUUACAUCCAAAAAUGAAGCAGAAACAAUAGAAACUGAAUCUGACAUAGAGAAGCGCAACAAACAAAUAUCCAUCAUACAAGCCACUAAUGCCAAUGAAUUGAAUUACCAGAAAACAAAGAAUUUACAAGUAGGUUACGAUUUCGUUAUAUCAAAAAAUGAUAUUAUGGAAUCUGAAAUCGAAAGCUCUAUAAAGAAAUUCAUUAAAUCCACGCAACAUUUAGUCGACGACAUAAAUAACUCUGGCAUGAUGGUGCCAUAUAAUAAUAAAAUUAAUUUACCCAGAAAGACUGCGAACAUCAAAAGUGUAAAUCAGUUGUUCACAUUGUCGGAGUGCAUCCACAAACUUUUACCUUACGUGACUAAAGAAGUUUUGGAUAAACUAUUGGAAAAUGGUAUCAAAUCAUUGACAGUGGAAGAUUUGUUUGAAUUCAAUUUGGCAUAUGUGACACAGCAUCCCAAAGAACUUUUUACAAUUAUAGGUACUGGUGAUAUGUUCGAUAAUUUCAAUGAUAAAGCCAAUAUUAUCAUAACGCACAUGGAGCACAAAAUAACAAAGAGUAUUCAAUUAAAUUUUGAUAGAAAAACUAAUUUAAAAGCAAUACAUAGCUCAAUAAUUGCUGAAAGAAAUCCCAGCAAUAUAAAACCCAUGCAUUUCAGUUUUGAUUAUCAACCUGAUUUGCAGGGGCAUCCCGGACCUAGUCCGAGUAUAAUAUUACAAGCACUCACCAUGUCGAAUGCUAAUGAUGGCAUAAACUUGGAACGACUUGAAACUAUAGGUGAUUCAUUCCUUAAAUAUGCCAUAACCACAUAUUUGUAUAUCACGUACGAUAACGUGCACGAAGGUAAACUUAGCCAUUUGCGUUCUAAGCAAGUCGCCAAUUUGAAUUUGUAUCGGUUGGGGCGUAGAAAAAACUUAGGUGAAUAUAUGAUCGCAACAAAAUUUGAACCGCAUGACAAUUGGUUACCACCUUGUUAUUAUGUGCCAAAAGAGCUGGAGAAGGCGUUAAUUGAAGCUAAGAUACCACCGCAUCAUUGGAAGUUGGUCGAUUUACCGAAUAUUAAGAAACUAAGUAGUACUGAGAUAUGCAAACUAGUACGAGAUAAAGCUGAAGAACUUGGUUUAUACGAUGAUGAUUCUAGCAGCGAAACAGGUGCAAAUGGUUUAACGGAAAACCCUGAAGGAAAUGAUUUUUCCUGUUUCAUUCCCUAUAAUUUGGUAACCCAACAUAGCAUACCUGAUAAAUCCGUGGCAGAUUGCGUUGAAGCAUUAAUUGGUGCAUACUUAAUAGAAUGUGGCUCCCGUGGAGCGUUAUUAUUCAUGGCUUGGCUCGGAGUACGUGUUUUACCUUUUGAAAUAAAACCAUAUAAUGCAGCUGAGCCACGAAUACCUGGCAGCACGAAUCCAGAUGAGGAAAAUAUGAUAAAAAUAUAUGGUGAAUGGGCACCACCAAAGAGUCCACUAUUGCAUUAUACACCAAAUGCCGCAAAAGAGUUAGAAUCUAUGCUACAAGGAUUCGAUGAAUUUGAAAAUAUUUUGGGUUACAAAUUUCAAGAUCGUUCCUAUUUAUUACAAGCUAUGACCCAUGCUAGCUAUUCACCAAAUCGGCUUACGGAUUGCUAUCAACGGCUAGAGUUCCUAGGCGAUGCAGUGUUGGAUUAUUUAAUAACAAGGCAUUUAUAUGAAGAUCCUAGACAGCACUCACCAGGUGCUUUAACAGAUUUGAGAUCUGCACUUGUUAACAAUACAAUAUUUGCUUCACUGGCUGUGCGACAUGGUUUUCAUAAAUAUUUUCGGCAUUUAUCGCCAGGUUUGAAUGAGGUUAUCGAUCGUUUUGUGCGUAUACAAAGUGAAAAUGGACAUAGUAUUAGCGAGGAGUAUUACCUCUUGUCGGAGGAGGAAUGUGAUGAUGCUGAGGAUGUUGAGGUGCCCAAAGCUUUGGGUGAUGUGUUUGAAUCAAUUGCUGGUGCAAUAUUCUUGGAUUCAAAUAUGUGUCUGGAUGUAGUGUGGCAAGUUUAUAGUAAUAUGAUGAAACCAGAAAUCGAGCAGUUUAGUAAUUCAGUGCCAAAAUCACCUAUUAGAGAACUACUUGAAUUAGAACCGGAAACAGCGAAAUUUGGAAAACCGGAAAAACUGGCAGAUGGUAGACGUGUCCGUGUAACUGUCGAAGUUUUCUGUAAAGGUGUUUUUCGUGGCAUUGGUCGUAACUAUCGCAUCGCAAAAUGCACUGCGGCUAAAUGCGCUUUACGUCAAUUAAAAAAGCAAGGACUGCUUUCCAAAAAGGAUUAAAUCAAUGUAAAUUGAAGUAGAAUUAUUAUGUCGUACAAUAUUUUAAUUUUUAAAUAUGAAGUAUUUUAUUAGAUUUAG